CCAGGUCCUGUCUGCUUCCGCUGGUUGAAAGGACUUGUUUCGCAGAUUCGACAGAAAUUUCCAUCUGCGUAAUGUGAAAUUAGGCUCUAAAUCCAAAUUCAGAGAUUAUAUUCAGUCGUAUAAUGGCUCAAAUCCAUCGAUAAAUGUGUGUUAUUUUGCCGUGUAGGCGCUGGAGAGAUGGACGGACAAAAAGCAGCUGGUUCAGUGUUUAUGUGUCGGCUGUGCAACCUCUUCUCUCCCAGUCGCUCUCUGCUGUUGGAUCAUUGCUCCCAGCUGCAUGCCCAGCAGGAACCUCCUGAUGACAUCAUCAUCGCACUGCAACCCCUUGUAGCAGAGCCUGUGGAGACUCUGACAGAGACCCCAGUGAAGCGAAAGCGAGGGCGACCAAAAGGCUCCACGAAGAAGGUACGCACGACUGACUCCACCCAUUCUCCAGAGGACAAUCCCCAAAGACAAGAAGAGGGGAAAAAGAAGGAGGCAGACCAACAAUGUAACUCAGGAGAAGGUGAAAGCCACGAUGGGAUUUUGGGACUUGAAUGUAAAGACUGCCAUCGCUCGUUCAGCAACAGACGACAGAUCCGCAAACACAUCUGUCUGAGAGAAGAGGAGGAGGAGGAGGAGGAGGAUGAAGAGCAGAAUGGGAGAAACUGUGUCGGAGCAGGAGUUGGUUCUGGGAGUUUGGAUCCUGGGAAAGCUAAUAUAAACCAGACGCACCAAAAACCAGUGAGGUCAGGACUUGCAAGAGAAAAAGAUGGGAGCAGCGUUAGACCCCCAAGAAACAACCGAAGCCGCACUUCCAAAGAAGGAGGCCCAGCAACAGGAAACAAAAAGUCAGUCAUCAGUGUUGUUCUGACAGAAGAUGCAACACUUCCAGGUGUUUCUAAAAUGGUUCCAGUAGAGGACAAUUUAGCAGAAACAGAGUCUACAGCCACCAAGACUCAGCCACAGCAGUCUGCAGUCAAGAGUCAGUCACAAGACCUUGCAAAUGGAGCCACCAUCUGCGAAAGUAACCCUAAAACGGACCAGGAGCCAAGUUCUAACCCAACCUCCACAACAACAACAGCAGCAGCAGCCAGCAAAGGCUUCCAGGAAUAUUCUAUCAAGCAAGAUGCCACCAAUUUACUUCAGAGCCAGCUGAAGAUCUUUGCCUGCGAGUUCUGUAACAAGAUCUUCAAGUUCAGACACUCACUAAUCGCCCACCUGAGGACACACACCCAGGAGAAACCGUUUCAGUGUCCACACUGUGACUACGCAUCAGCCAUCAAAGCCAACCUGAAUGUUCACCUGAGGAAGCACACAGGAGAGAAGUUCAACUGUCAGCACUGUCCUUUCAACUGCCUCAGCCCAGGACACCUCAAGGUCCAUAUAGAGAGGGUCCAUUUGAAGGUGAAGCAGCACUGCAGCUUCUGUGAGAAAAAGUACUCAGAUGUGAAGAACUUGCUGAAACAUAUAGAGAAACGGCAUAACUUGAAAGACGCUUCGGUGUACCAGAGCUACCAGCAGCUGAGGUUAAAGACUCGUCAGGGCCUCAGACAGCUCUUGUACCACUGCCCCACCUGUAACCGACGCUUCAAGAACCAGCUCGAGCGGGAGCGCCACCUGUUGGUCCAUGGGCCUCAACGCCCCUUCGCCUGCCUGCUCUGUGACCACGCUGCAACCAAGAUGGAAGCCCUCUCCGCUCACGUCAGGAAACACCUCUUCCUUUACGUGUGCUGCGUGUGUGACGGGAAGUUUGUCAGCUCUCAGAGACUGAAGAGUCACCUGAAAGAGUCUCACCCUGAGCUGGACCAGGAGCAGGCCUUCACCGACUGCAUCAAUAACAGCUACUACCUGAUACAGCCUGGAGGAGGCAUGUGGGGGGAUGAGGAGAGGGCGGACUCAGGGAGAGGGAUGAACGAGGAGCAAAGGACAGAGCAGGAGGGUGAAGAUGGGACGAUGAGACAGGGGGGUGGAAUGAACGGCGUCCGAGGGGAGGAGUGGCCAGAUGGGGAAGUGGAGCAGCUAGAAGUAGCAGUGAGGGAGGUGGUGGAGCAGGAAGAGAGGGAAGAAGCAAAAAUUCAGAGUGGAAUUGCAGAGGAGGUGCAGGUGACAGAAUUAGAGACAGGAAAAGAAGGAGAAAUAGAAAAUGGAGGUGUGCAGAAAGAUUCCCAAGGAGUGAUUUCUGAAGAAACCACUGACAGACAGGAUGAAGCAACAGCUGGGGAGCCAUCACAGGCCAACACAACGGACUCAUGUACCCCGAUAGCUCAAAAUACAGGCAGACACGAACACAACACACAGACUUUUUUAUCACCUGAGAGCAUUCAUAUCUCUCUCCUGGAGGACAGGACUCAAAAAAACACACAUGUAGGAAAAAAAAUACAUACAACUUCAUCAUCAGGAAAUGCAGACGUACCUGGUUUGGGUGUACACAUACCUUUGUCAUCAUCAGCACCUUUAGGGGAAGAGGACCAAACUCCACAUUCAGAGAAGGAGUCAGAGAUUUUCCAUCAGAGUGCGUUCCAGCAGGUGUUUUCAUCUCUUCAGAAAACUCAGCUUAACAUGGAGACUUUCCAAAGGCUCAGGAAAAUUUAUGGAGACCUGGAAUGCCAAUACUGUGGUAAACUGUUCUGGUACAAAGUCCACUAUAACGUCCAUGUACGCACACACACCAAGGAGCACUUGCAUUACUGUACAAAGUGUAGCUACUCGUCCAUCACCAAAAGCUCUUUAAAGCGGCACCAGAUCCAGAAACACAGCGGCUUGCUGCUGCCUUGUUCUAAUCCUAGCUGUAAAUACACCACACCUGACAAAUACAAACUACAAGCUCAUCUGAGGACGCACCAGGAACAGGGGAAGACUGUGGCCUGUCCUGUCUGCAAGAACAGCUACCCAGAGCACAGACUGAAACACCACAUCAAAACAUCCCACCCUGAUACACUGCCUGUGCAGGGAAAAGGGCUGAUGGUGCAGCGUGCAGAGAAGUGCCCUUACUGUGACUCCUACUUCCUGAAGAACAGCAGUGAUUUUCAGCAGCACAUCUGGGCCCACCAAGGUCUGAAGCCAUACCUCUGUAAUGUGUGUGACUAUGCGGGUCGCAGUAGGAGCAACCUCAAGACUCAUAUGAACCGACACAACACAGAGAGACGUCAUCUCUGUGAUCUGUGCGGCAAAAAGUUCAAGUCUAAAGUCACGCUAAAAAGCCACAGACUGAGCCACACCAAUGAAGGGAAGCGGUUUCAGUGUUCGGAGUGUGACUUUACCUCAGUCUCUAAACCUUCCUUGCUCAGACAUAUGGAGCAACACGCUGAAUUUAAGCCUUUUCGCUGUGCCCACUGCCACUACUCCUGUAACAUCGCUGGUCCCCUGAAGCGACACUACAACUUGAAACACCCAGAUCAGAAAUAUGAGAAUGCCGGACCUGGACUGCCUAAUGCUGAUGCUCUGAAACAGCAAGGUGGAAUCAAGUGUCCUGAAUGUGAAUUUGUUUAUGGCACCAAGUGGGAGCUGAACCGCCACCUGAAGAGCAAACACAGCCUCAAAGUGGUAGAAGGCACCUGGGAGGUGGGUGAGGCAAUAGAGGCCCAGUAUGUGUCUGUGGAGGAUGAGGAGCAACUGACAGAAGCACCUGUAGCAGCUCUGCAUGACAACGUUAAUAUCCAGCAGAUCACUGAGUUCAGUUCAGAGGCCCAAGACGCCGUCACCUCCAUGGUCGCCAUGGCUCCAGGCACGGUUACUGUCGUACAGCAGUUGCAGGUGGCUGACGAGCAGGAAGUCAGUAACUGCAGCAACCAGCUGAUGGUGGUGAACGCAGAGGGGGGUCUGACUGGUGACCAGGUGAUGGUGGUGGAGGAUGCACAUGGCCUCGAGGCUCUGACAGUCCUUACUCAGGGAGAAAACGCUCACCACUAUAUUGUCUACGUUCAGGAACACACAGUAGAAAUCAACUAGUAAUGCUCUCAUUUUAACAUAAACCCAUCAGCGCUGAGUGGAUCAGUGAGUGCCAGUAGAUCAGUUUACAAAAUAAGAGUAAGAUAAAAUUUACUAAUAGCAAUAAAAUCAUGAUAUAGUGAAUGUUUCCUAAUCAUUAUUAAGAAUUUUCUUCAUUAGACUUAUUUUUUCAGUCACUUGGUAAUUAUAAAAACAGUAAGUGUAUUACUUUGUUUUGUGAUUAUGUGACAUAUUUUGUACUUACAAAGUAUAUUUAAAUAAAAUUUCUGUCCUGCACUGUUUGA